AAGAAUUAAAAUCUCGAACUGAAUAAAUAGUAGCAACGCGAAGCACAACCCUCUUUCUGGAGAAGAAAAGAAAGAAUCUAUUGAGAACCAGUCUCGUUUGAUUCAUCGUUGUGAUUAGAAUCAUCAAGUUCAAUGUCGGUUACUCUGCACACAAACCUAGGUGAUAUCAAAUGCGAAAUCUUCUGUGACGAAGUCCCUAAAACCUCCGAGAAUUUUUUAGCACUAUGCGCAAGUGGUUACUUUGAUGGGACUAUAUUUCACCGCAAUAUUAAAGGUUUUAUGAUUCAAGGUGGAGAUCCAACUGGUACCGGCAAAGGAGGGACUAGUAUAUGGGGAAAGAAAUUUAACGACGAGAUAAGAGAAUCUUUGAAGCAUAAUGCAAGGGGAAUAUUGUCAAUGGCUAACAGUGGUCCAAAUACUAAUGGAAGUCAGUUCUUCAUAAGUUAUGCAAAACAUCCACAUUUGAAUGGACUAUACACUGUGUUUGGAAGAGUAAUUCAUGGAUUUGAAGUUCUUGAUCUCAUGGAAAAGACUCCAACAGGGGCAGGGGAUCGACCGCUUGCAGAGAUAAGGCUCAAUCGUGUAACAAUGCAUUCUAAUCCACUUGCUGGCUAGACUGGUCUCUCAUUUAUUCAUGUAAAAUUAAAGUUUCUAUUUCCCAAAACAACAGAUCUAACUUCUAAGUAGAGGUCACGGAGAAUUCUUACAUGCUGGAUUGAGUACUUGAUCAUAGCUUCUAUUGAUUUAAAGAUUUAUUUUGCUAAGAUAGUAAAAUGUACAUCAAAGAUAUUUGAGACAAAAUUGUGUGAUGGCACAAAGUUUGCCAGCAUUGAAUACUUCUUUGUUCUUGUGUUGCGGUUCACCUUUUUAAUGGAUGGAUUGUCACCUUCUGGAUAA